AUGUUGUGCAAAACCUUCCCCAUCUUCUACGCUGAGUACGAAAGAACCCAUAACAUCAUCGGCAACUUGCACCGGUUUGAAGCUGAAACACCUUUAACUGCGAUGAGCCAAGUGACGAAGGAGAUCUUCAUGGAGAACACCGACUUCUUUCCGAUAAUGCCAGUGGACUACGGCAGGUUCCUUGUCAUCUCUCUCGGCACCGGUUCGAACAAGCAAGAGGGAAGGUUUACUGCACAAGAGAGCAGCAAGAGGGGCGUGCUCAGUGGCUGUACAACAAGAGCACCACCCCCAUCAUCGACAUCCUCUCGCAAUGGACGUCCACGCCUCUGUUCUCUUUCAAGCGCUGUGAUCGGAGAAGCAGUACCUUCGCAUACAGGUACGUGCACUUUGACGGGAGAUGCUGCGUCGUUGGACAUCACGGGGAAGGAGAACCUUGAGAAGCUGGUUAAGGUGGGGAAGGAGCUCCUGGGGAAGCCAGUGACGAGGGUGAACCUGGAGAACGGCAACUAUGAGCCGGUGGAGGAAGAAGGAAGGAACGAAGAAGCCUUGACUUGUUUUGCUCAGAGACUUUCCAGUGAAAGGAAGCUAAGGAACUCGAAGUUACUGCCUUGA